GACUCUGAAGACACUGAAGGGUUGCUGGUCGUCGUAGUAAGUGAUUUAGUGAUCACAAUAGCACCUUUUAAAAUUAUAUAAAAAUAAUAAUUAACACAGUAAGUCAUUUGUAAAUAUGGCAAAACCUAAGGAAAAAGAACCCGUGGACAUAGUUCACCAAAAUGCUAUUCAUGUCGAGACUAUAAUGAAGGAAUUGAGACACCAGAAGCUUAACACAGAGUUUAACAUCAACCCGUUUAAAAAACUUCACGUUUUGACUGAUAAGCCUAUGUCUAAAGUCACCUAUGGAAAACAAGAGGAGGAUCCUGCUUUUCUCCAGAUCAUACACGAGGCUCGUUUGGAACCGAUAAAGAAGUACACACACCCUCAGACUGAAGCACAAGAGAUAGGCUGGAUAUCCAGUCCUCUGCUUGUCUCAGAUCGCAAAGACCGGCGACUAAACUUCCCACGGCAGAACUCUGAAAUCACUAAAUACAUGGAAGCUGCCUGGCGCUUGAAGGAGCAGACACAAAACCUUGGGUGACAGUUUGGUUUGCAUUCCCUGAAGAAGGCUGAAAAAGUGUUGCCAAAUAAGCAUUUGUUAUUGUCACAAAUAAUCAAUAAAUGUGCACAGGCAAAUUUGUUUAGAAGAAAUGUUCAGUAUUAAUGUAAAGAUACAGUCAUGCUUGUGUCUUAUGGCAUUUUUGCAGUAAGUUUAUAGACAUAGACAGGACGUUUAGAAUUUCAGUCAUGUACAGUAUGUAAAAGUGGGUCAAAUGAGCACCAUUCAUCACAAUGAAUGUAACCGCACCUGUCCAGCAGAUCCUACACAUAGUCGCCAAAAGAGAUUAGUUCACACUUAAUCGAUCCCUGAUAAUGUCAUAUUAUACAGAAAUAGGAUCCACACAGCUUGCUUCACAAGAAACAUCCAUAACUGUGGCUAACACUGCCUGUUUUGGAACAUCAUAGAGAUUAUAUCAGCCACUCAGGUCAAGAUUUAUGACUUUUUGUAAGAUUUAAUAUUGCUCGUUUUUAUGUAGGUACAAUAACCUUCUGCUCUGUUCUUACAUAAAUGCAUAGAUUUUUUACCUACCUCAGAUAUAUAGUGUUAUAAUAUAGAAGCACCAUACUGUAAAAGUACAA